UUUUUUUUAUAAAAAUUGUGAUGUUUAAUACAAAUGAAAUGUAAAUGAACAUGCUCAAGUUAGAAUACACACACAUGGGCAUGGUUAUCAGCAAAUGCCCGCAAUCUCAAAAUAUUAAUAUGAUCUGUUUAGGCUUACAACGCUUUUGGGGGAAACAGCCCAGGUCGAAGCAUCAGUGUCUUGUCUAAAAACACCUUAAAGACUCCAAAGCAUUUAAUUUGGCAUUUGAUACAGACUUUUGAGAAUUGCAGAAUAAUUAUCAACUAAUGGUUUUAACCUUGCCACUCCCAAGAGCAAGUACGUAUCCAUUUCCAGGAGGGAUCAGGGUUGAUAUACAGCAGUUGACUAAGAGGUGCAAUCAAACCUCUUUCAGCCUUGUCAAGACCUAGCAUAAGAAAUGUCGGCAAUAAACAACAGUUCUUACUGGGAUUGGACAAAGAACUGCACCUACUCAGAUGAUCUGGCCCUUCCUUUGGUUCCAUACAUGGACUGUCCCACCAACCGCAAAUAUGCCUCCAACUUCAUACCUCUUGUCUUUUACGUGCUUUCCAUCCUUGGAACAAUUGGAAAUCUCUGGAGCGUGUGGUCUUGCCUGCGGCCGUCCCAGCCUUGGAGUAUUGGGUCUGUUGGUGUACUGAACCUAGCUCUGUGUGACCUUGCCUAUUUGGCCUCUAUGGGACCCUGGGCUAUCUACAUUAGCUCUGACUACCACUGGAAAAUUGGCCGUUCGCUCUGCUUUGUGGUGAAAAUCCUAUACUUUGUCGGGUUGACAUCUAGUACCAUGUUCAUCUGCACCAUAAGCAUCGACCGCUUCCUUGCCAUUGUCUUUCCUCUGGAGUCCCGAAUGAUCCGCACCCCUCGGAACAGUGCACUGGUUUCGAUUCUACUCUGGGCCAUAACUGGCCUUCUCAUCUACUUCAGGUAUCCUAACAUUUUCUACUCUGUCAGGAAAGAUGGCAUCCAUGUGUGUGGAGCGGUGGUGAUCAGUAAGUUUAGGACCACUGAAGCAACCUACAAUCUCAUGUCCUACUAUUCCAUUCAGGUUUCUGUCCCACUGCUUCUCAUCAUUCCCGCCUAUGUGAAGAUCAUUUCCCGGAUGAAGCAGUCAAGGCAGCAGUGGGGCUCAGGCAACAUGCAAGGACUGGACAAGACCAUCUGGCUGAUUGCCGUUUUCAUUGCCAACUUCCUGGUGUGUUGGGUGCCAGGGCAGCUGCUUCACAUCAUUGCCUGUAUCAUUUUCUUCAACUUGGAUCACUGCAAAAAUGCUUGCUGGGCUGCAUGGGUGGUCAACCUGCUCUCCGAAGCCUCUCAAAUACUGUACUGUCUCAAUGCAUGUCUUGAUCCUUUAAUUUUCCUCAUGCAGCAGAGACAUGGUGAACUGCCUUCUAUGGCUGUGUUGGCAAACUGGGCUAGAAAGUUCUUACCGGCAGGAAAGAAACAAGAUUUGGGAGGGCCUUCAGAAGAACCUACCAGUGUGAUCCAACUUCAUGGUGAUUCCAAAAACAGAACAUAAAAAAAAAAUGCUAAAUAGUAAAAACAUGAAAAAUAUAUGUAGUUGCACAAUUGUGUGUUGAUGUAUUUGAUGUGAUUGUCUUCCAUAACUUGUGUUUCUUGUGUUGUAACAGCAUUAGCAUUGGGGGUAGGUCUGAUAUCUUUAAUACUGAUGUAGCUCGUUAUAAAUAAAAGGUCUAUGACUACUUUGUGGCAAAGCAAGGAAAUCAACUAUCUGGUCUCUACUUAUGUCUGACUCACUGUUUCAAAUGUCAAAUGAGUUAUACCUAAAUUGAAAUUGUUCUAAAGUUCUCCAUGUAUUGUGCUAGUCAGGUUGAGCUUACAGUUGAAUGCAAAAAAAAAGAAAGAAAAAGAACUAAAGUAAAUCCUAAGGUACUUCUUGGCAUCACUAGAUGGCAGACUUGAUGUAGGGGAAAAAAGUAUACAACAGCCAUAUCCCAGUCCAAUUAAUGCGUUAACACUUUAACCAAUUAUCUUUAAGUGAACAUUUGAUACUUUUUAUUUACAACAAAGGUUUAGGUGAUGAAGUGAUGAAUCUAAUUUUAAACAGUUGCUUUUGUCAUUCAAUUACUGCUAUUUUCAGUCAGAAUGGCACAGCAUGCUGAAUUUGUUCUUCGUCAUAAAUCGUAUUUGUCGCCAAUACCCUUCAUUGUUCACCAUGCCGGGGUGGUUGUCUUUCUUUCAAAGUAACGUUACAUGGAAAAUUAUAUUAGAUUUUAUACAUACGCAUGGAAAGAUACAUUGAUAUCACAGAAUGACAUUAAGUUUAGACUCGAGAAUUGCAGUCAUGCAGAGUUUACAUUGGAACCAAUGCUGUAAAAUGCAAAUCUGCCCGGUGUAUGGUAUGACCAGCAGAUACACGUUAGUUAGUUAGUAGGUUUGUUACUGGUUUAUUUGGGCUUGCCCAGGUUCCACAAAGCAGUUAUCUUAAACUGGAUUUUCCAUCUGGGGGAUAUUAAGAUAAUGCUACAAUUUUCUUUUCUAAUAUUUGUCCUAUUAUCUGCAAACAUCAAAAUAAACACUUUAGGUAACCUUAGGUAAACGAAUUGUCUACACCUUAGAGAAACACUGCAGUGUCACACAACUGCCCAUUUGUGCAGUAUAAUCCGCCUAGUAGUCAUGCCAUGCGUAUUAUGUGUAUUUAAUGUAUACUAUGGCUAAGGCUUACCUUAAUAUUAAUUAGGUCAAGCACGCGUUUUCCCGGGGUAUCAACACGUCAUCUC